AUGCAAAUACCACAAAAUCAACCUGAAUUUAGACCAAGUAAAUUAACUAGAUAUUCCAAUUAAACCUUUUGUUCAAUGGAAAAUUGUGAUGUUUAUAACAAUCAAAUUGUAAAAAUGGAUAUAAUGAUGUAAAACAAAAUUAUUACAUUAAGGGAUUAAAUGAAAAUGUUAUAAUAAGUCUUUGAAGUACGAUAUUCAUAACAUAAAGAAAAUUAAUUGUUAAAAUUUUACAAUAUGCCAAAUCAAGAGAGAAUGUAUUAUAUGAUUGAUAAAGAUUCAGGCAGAAUUUUUGAUAUGCGAAUUCCAGAAGUAUCAAAUUCCUAUCUAUGAAAGUAAGCAAAAGAAAUCCAAGAUAUUAUGAAUGGCAAUACAAUAUAUUUUAUAAAAGAUAAGGCUUGGAAUGAUUUUAUGUAAUAAUUAUUUUCUAAAUAGAUUGUUGAGUAAAAAACUUAAUGAACAUCUAUUAGAUUAUGCAGAAUUGGGUGAUGCAUUAUCAAUAGAAACAUUACUAAUGCCAACCAUGGAAUAUUAUCUUGAUAUUGAUAUUAAGUAUUAUCAAUACAUUUAUUAUUUUAGAGGUCUAGAUGAUUGGACAGCUUUACAUUUUGCAUCAAAUGAAGGCAAUUUCAAUAUAAUAAAUAUUCUAUUAAAACAUGGGGCUACUGUGGAUGCCUUAACUAAAUUUCAAAGAACUCCUUUCUUUUUGACAGUCAUGUAGAAUUUUAUAAAUUGUGCUCAAAUAUUAUUAUAACAUAAAGCCAAUAUCAAUAUUUAAGAUAGGGAUGGCAAUACUCCAUUACAUAUAGCAUCAUAAAUGGGUUUAAUAGAUAUGAUUGUAUUUCUAUUACAGUAAAAAGCUGAUCCAUAUAUAAAAAAUAAUUACAAUUAAAAUUGUAUAUAAGUAUGUUGUAAUGCAAAUAGUUUAUAAGUUUAUAUAAAAUAAGGAUAUAGUAAUCAAGAUGAAGUAAUAUAAAAUAAUUAAAUAUAUAUAGAGUUAUGAAAGAACUAUGAUUCCUGGAACAAAUUUCCUUUUAAGAAAUGGUAGGUAUGAUCAUGUAAUGAAAUUAAUGACAAUAGAAAAAUUAACAAUAGGAAAAACUAUAAAUAAUUAAAAUACAAAUAGUCCUAGUAAAAAAAUAUCGAAAUUUUAAAAUCUAGCAAAAUUUUUAAAUGUCAAUAUUUUAUAAUAAAAGAUGACACCAAAUAUGUUUAAUUUUUAUCAAUUAUUGGGGAAAGGAGCAUUUGGAGAAGUAUAUUUGGUAGAUAAAAUAGGAUAAGAAAAUUAAAAAUUAUAUGCUAUGAAAAUAUUAAAGAAAGAAAGAAUGAUGUCUUAAAAUUUAUUAAAAUAUGCAUAAACAGAAAAAGAAGUACUUAGUAUAAUGAAUCAUCCAUUUAUAGUUAAAUUAAAUUAUGCAUUUUAAACAGAAUCUAAAUUAUUUUUAGUAAUGGAUUUUUGUCCUGGAGGUGAUCUUUCUAAAUUAUUAGAUAUAAAAAGAAAAUUACCAGAAGAAGAUGCUAAAAUAUAUGUAGCAGAAAUAUUAUUAGCUAUUGAAUGUUUACAUAAAAAUAAUAUUAUAUUUAGAGAUUUAAAACCAGAAAAUGUAGUAUUAGAUUCAGAAGGUCAUGCUUUAUUAACAGAUUUUGGAUUAUCUAAAAAAGGAGUAACAGAUGAAGAAUUAAAUAAAUCAUUUUGUGGUUCACCUGCAUAUUUACCACCUGAAAUAUUAUCUAAAUAAGGACAUAAUAGAAUGGCAGAUUGGUAUGGUUUAGGUGUAAUGACAUAUGAAUUAUUGGUUGGUAUUCCUCCAUAUUAUGCUAAUGAACGUGAAUAAUUAUUUGAUAAUAUUAGAAAAGGACCAUUAAAAAUACCAAGAAGUUUAUCUAAUGAAGCAAAAUCAUUUAUAGUAGCUGUAAAUUAUUAUUAUUAUUAUUAUUAUUUAAGUUAUUAAAUAGAGAUCCAAAUAAAAGAUUAGGAUCUAAUUUAGAUGGAGAAGAAGUUCGUGAACAUUCUUGGUUAUCAAAUAUUAAUUGGAAAGAUUGUUAUGAUAGAAAAUUAAAACCA